UACUUUGGUCGGAAGACAGGAUCACAGAAGAAGAACACAGUGAGAGAGAUGAAGAAAGCGGGGGCAGAGAAGAAGAGAGUAAAGCGAUCCGCUGCUGCUGCUGUACCUGCUCUUAAUGGCGGCACCAACAACGAUACUUCUCCUCCUAGGAAAAAAGCAGACAAGAAGGAGGAUGUAUUUCAGUUGUUUGCUGAGAAGGUCAGAGAUAAUAAAGGUCUUGAAUCCAGGUGGGCAAUCUUACAAGAGACUCGGGUUGAAUAUUUCAGAGGAAAGGGUUUUGUUAGCUUUUUGAAGACUCAUCCUGAGGUCAAGGAUAUAUUAGAAUCUGAUAAAAAUCUUGAUGUAGAAGAUAUAGUCAAUAUCUUACUGGAUAAAAAAUUGUUAGCACGCUGUGAUCGUGUCGUGAAAACUCUUCGACCCGGGAAGAAGAAGUUGUCUACAUGGCCUGCACACUUGGAGAUAUUCCCAGAUCAAGUUUUUUCUGAACAAGAUGCCUUCUUUGCAUGGACUUUUGAAAAACGACAUCCAUUGUGGCAAACUCUUUUAUCUUUCUUCUGGCCAGUGCUAACACUCGCGAUUUGCUUGUUUCCUGUAUACCCUCAUCAGGUCAAGCUGCUCAUUCUCUAUUCCUGUGCUGGACUACUGCUACUCAUACUUAGCCUCCUCUUAUUCAGAGCUGCAGUUUUUGGUGCUCUAUAUACAAUUAUUGGGAAACGUGUCUGGUUUUUUCCGAAUAUCCUUGCUGAAGAAGCAACACUGAGUGAACUAUUUCAAUUCUGGCCCAAGAAAGAUGAGGAUGAUAAGCCAAAGUUUACUGCAAGGCUUUUCUACUUCGGUUUUGCUGUGUUAGUGAUCUUAAUUCUAAGGCAUCAUGCUCCUGAUGAAGCUGCCAGAUACAGGUACCAGAAACGGGUCUCAAAUAUCAUCGAUGACGUUCUUGAGUGGUCUCCUAGAUUAUCUUUGUCUGGGAUGAUGGAUAACCAUACUGAGCCCCAAAAUGGUACUAGUGCGGAUGAGUUUGAGACAAAAUCUGAAGAAGAUACAUACAACUUAACUGAAGAAACCACAUAUGAACAAAAUGUGGAGGAAGAAGAAGAAAUCAGGGACACAGAAUCAUAAUAUGACGCCGCCAUGCAGCAGCUGCAGGGCCAGCCGAUAUAUAGAUUAUAGACCAAGACAUUUAGUUUUGGAUAUGUUUUUUUUUUUUGGAAAAUGUUUCUGUUUUUAUUGUAUAACAAUGUAAUCAAUAUAUACAAUCCUUAUGAGAAUAUAUAUAUGAUUGGUUUUGGUUGGACCAAUUUAUAGAACAUGAAUGACUAUGCUCACUUACAGGGAGCCUGAAGUGUUUUUAUUCUUUCUAAUAAUUUAUAGCAUUUAGAUGCUAAAAGAGCACCAUAUUCUCA